UUUAGCAAUGUACUAUCAGUGAAAUCUGGUGCUAUCAGAUAAAACGACUGAUAGUAAAAUAAUAAAAAUAAUACAUUCGCUUCUUAUCAAGACUGAUAUAACUGACCUUAUACCACGAAAUCGUCUCCAAAAAUCAUUCCUUGCGACGUUUCUGUUUAGUGAGGAGGUUAAUUUAAUAACUCCUUCAAUUUUAAUCCGUCAACAUGUUUGACCUAGCGAGCGCGGUUAUUAUAGCGAGCUUAAUUUUUCUGCUAUACAGUUACAUAGCUCAGAAAUACGACUUCUUCGAAGAACGUAACAUUCCUUUCAUAAAACCAGUGUUUCUGUUGGGUAACACGGCCCCAGUACUGUUGAAACGGCAGGACCUGCUGCAGAAUGUCAAAGAGAUGUACAAUGCCUUCCCGAGUUCCAAAGUGGUCGGCCUGUUCGACUUUAUCAAACCGGUGCUGAUGAUCCGCGACUUGGACAUGCUCAAGCAGAUCGGCGUGAAGGACUUUGACCACUUUAGCGACCACACUCCGAUCUUCACGCGGGCCGAUGUGGAGGACGUCGGUGGGGACAGUUUGUUCGGGAAUUCGCUGUUUGCGCUGCGUGGACAAAAGUGGCGCGAUAUGCGCUCGACGCUGAGUCCGGCAUUUACCGGGAGUAAAAUGCGGCACAUGUUCGAGCUGGUGUCCCAGAGUGCCCAGUCUACGGUGGAGUUCUUCCGGGCGGAAGCGAAGGCGGGGAGAACGUUGGAGUACGAGAUGAAGGAUGUUUUCUCGAGGUUUAGUAACGAUGUGAUUGCAUCGGUUGCGUUUGGUAUUGAGGUGGAUUCGUUCCGGGAACGAGAGAACAGUUUCUACGUGAAAGGCAAAGCGAUGCUGAACUUUCAGAAUGUGAAGACAAUCGUAAAGAUGCUUCUGUUGAGGACAAUUCCGAAUUUGAUGAUUCGGUUGAAGGUUGAUAUCCAGUCCAAAGAGUCAACUGAGUACUUUAAAACAAUGAUCACCGACAAUAUGAGACAGCGGGAUGUGCAUAAUAUUGUACGGAAUGAUAUGAUCCACAUGCUGAUGCAGGUUCGUAAAGGUGCAUUGAAGCAUCAGAAGGACGAACAAGAAACGAAAGAUGCUGGAUUUGCUACCGUGGAGGAAUCGAAUGUAGGUAAAGUCACUCACAGCCGAGUUUGGACGGACAACGAGUUGGUUUCCCAGUGCUUCCUGUUCUUCCUGGCCGGAUUCGAUACCGUAUCGACUGCGCUAACGUUCCUCAGCUAUGAACUGCUCGUCAAUCCCGACAUCCAGCAGAGGUUGUACGAGGAAAUAUUGUCCGUUGAAGAGACAUUAAACGGCAAACCUUUGACGUACGAAGUGCUCCAAAGGAUGCAAUACAUGGAUAUGGUAGUCUCGGAGACGCUUCGCAAGUGGCCACCAGCUCCGUUCGUGGAUCGAUUCUGCGUUAAGGAUUACCAGUACGACGACGGUGAAGGACUCCGACUGCAGAUAGGCAAGAACCAAAUCCUGUGGAUCCCCAUCGUGGCGCUGCACCACGAUCCCAAGUAUUAUCCCAAUCCGGAAAAGUUUGACCCGGAACGGUUCAGUGAGGCAAACAGAGCCAGCAUUAAUCCGGCAGCUUACGUUCCGUUUGGCGUGGGACCACGCAACUGUAUCGGGUCCCGGUUUGCACUGAUGGAGGUGAAGGCGCUUGUUUACAAUCUGGUGAAAAGCUUUACAUUCGAGCGAAGUUCCAAGACGAAGGUACCACUAGAGUUGGUAAAAAGCAUGGUUGGUGUAGCGAUCGACGGUGGAAUGUGGUUGGAGUUGAAGGCGAGGAGUUAAAAUUGUAAUAAAAUGUAAUUGAAGUUUUA